AUGCCCCAAGAGAGUGAUGUUGUCGGCAAGAUGAGGAGCAAUAGCCCCAAUUCCAACUACCCUUUUGAGGUCGGGAUCCGUUCCACCAAGGGAAACCCCCUCACCAUCAACGAGCAUUUUGGGCUGGUCGUGAAGCUUUUGCUUGCGCAGAGUCCGUCAUCUACACCGGUAACGGCGGGGGAAGGAGCGAGAGCGAAGUGGGCAGUGUGGAAAGUGGUGGUGGCGCGCAGCGUGGGGAGUGCGUUGGGGAUUGUGCUACUGUGUUCAGCUGCAACUUUAUGGGAUUUACAUUUGAUGUGGUGGGUCAGACGACGGUGA